CCUCUGGACCCGGACACGGCAAAUCCCUGGCUCGUCCUGUCUGCGGAUCGGAGAAGUGUGAGAUGUGCAGACACACGGCAGCCUGUGCCUGACAAGCCUGAGAGAUUUGCUGCGAACCAGUGUGUGCUGGGCCGGGAGGGAUUCACCUCUGGGAGACACUGCUGGGAGGUGGAGGUGAAGAAGGCGGGCUGGGCCGUGGGGGUCGCCAGCGAGUCUGUGAGGAGGGCGGGAUGGGUCAGAUUUAGCCCCGAGGAGGGGAUCUGGGCAGUGCAGCGCUGGGGAGAUCAGGUCCAGGCUCUCACGGCCCCUUCUCGCACCCGCCUGUCCCUGCGCCAGGCGCCCAGGAGGGUGCGGGUCUGUCUGGACUGUGCCGGGGGGCAGGUGUCGUUUCUUGAUGCUGACACCAAGGCCCCGAUCUUCACGUUCCUGCUGGCCUCCUUCCCUGGGGACAGAAUCUGGCCCUGGUUCUCGCUCUGGCCUGGGUCCGAGCUGAGACUGUGCCUUUGAGUGAUGGGGGAACAGCCGGGGAACGGACCCCCCACGCGGGGAAACGCUCCGCUCUGGCUUCCUACUCUCAAUGACCCCAGAGGAGUCCCCUCUACCUGCCCCGUCCCCUCCUCUCUGCCCUGGGAGCUGCCCAAGUGAAAGAUGCCGUCUGCGCUGACAAGCCCGUCCUGGCGAGGUCAUGGCGAGGCCAUCCGAGAAGGGAUAAUGAAGUAUCUCCUCAGCUCAUCUUGGUCUAUUUAGGAUGAUUUCAGGCAGACUCCUAGCUGUCUGGCGUGUAACCAUAUGAGAUGUCCAUCCUUGAUUAAUUAGUAUGGUGAAUAUUUCUUUUGCAAUUAGCACAACUAAAAGAAUGCUUUCAAGAUGCUAAACUAAGAAAAAAGAGAAAAAGGCAGUAAAACAGCAAACAGCGCGCGCUUCAGGAGUGAGAAAUCUCUCUGACACCAGUUGCUGAUGCGCUCGACUUACUCGAGAAGUUGAAGAGAAACAGACCGCUGCUUCAUCGCCUGUUGGGUGAGAAAUCAUCACUUUAUAGCUAAUUACUGGACUUUGCUUUGGCUUGGGCUCAGUUGACUUGAUUUUAAAGACUUGUAGUAAAUAAAGCCUUUCUGUCACUCAUCGAAUGAGGUGUCCUGUCAAUCCCUGGGCUAGUCCACAAUCCUAGGUUUUUAUUUGCUUACACCAGUGCUGGGGCUCAGGGCCAAGUGCUGCUGGGGG